CCAGGCGGCGCGACGCAUCCUGCACAGUGGGGGCGGCGAGGGAGCUGCCGGCACACGAGAUGGAGGAGGCUGGGACGGGCGCCAGCUGGUGGUGAGGGGGGCGCGAUGGCCGCGGCGGGCUGCCGGACGAGGUGUGCCCCCCUGCUGACGCAGCUGUUGCUGCAGCUGCUGCUGUUCGCCGCGCUCUGGGCGCCCACCCCAAAAGGCGGCGCGCGGGCGCUGCGGCUGGUGCGCGUGCGCGUCCCGCCGCUGGUGGCUCGCGGGAUGACGGCGCGGCUCGAGUGCCGCUUCGAGCUGCAGCGGGACCGCCUCUACUCGGUCACGUGGUACAAGGACCACGAGGAGUUCUACCGAUACGUGCCGCGCGCGCCCACGCCGCAGCACAGCUACCGCCUCGAGGGCGUCCGAGUAGUCGACGAGCUGUCGGACAGUCAGCAGGUGAUCCUGCGCAGCGUCAGCCUGCGGGCCACCGGCGUCUACCGCUGCGAGGUGUCUGCCGAGGCGCCCUCCUUCACCUCGGUGCACGGCGAGGGCCACAUGCAGGUCGUCUCGCUGCCGCACGAGGGCCCAGAGAUCUCCGGAGAGGUGGGGGGCGUGUUCCGGCAGGGCGACGUGCUCGCCCUCAACUGCACCUCCGGGCGGUCCUCGCCGCCGGCCAGGAUCCGCUGGUUCGUCAACGACCGCCAGGUUCCGCCGGCGCUGGAGGCGUCCGUGCAGCAGCACGGGCUGACGGCCACCGUGUCCGGGCUGCGCCUCGUCGUGUCCGAGCGACACUUCUCCGCUGACGGCCGGCUGCGGGUUCGAUGCCAGGCGACGGUGACCGCGGGCGGCGGCCCGGACGCAGAGCCGCUGGUCGAGACGCGGGAGGCCCUCGUCGUGGCCCAGGGAUCGGCGGGGUGCGCUCGCCCGCCGCCGCUGCGCGCUCUGCUGCUGACGUCACUGUUGGCGGCGUUACUGCUGGUGCGCGGUGUAUCCGGCGCAUGCGCAUGACGGCGCUCUGCGCUCCAGAAACGUGGGGCCUGCGCAGUAGUUCCAGUGACAAUAAACUCGUGUUCGGUGGCGAGCGGCACCUGCCACCCGCUGUGCAAAGACGAUCGUGAUCUUCCUCGUAUUUCCCUCGCCGUUAUCAACAUUGUGAAACUAACCACUUCACUUUCCACCACUAACACUUCAGUACAGAUUACAAAAUAUUGUUGAUAGUCCAUUUCGAGAGAUACUCAUUCCUCUACGUGUCUUAAGAUUCAAAUGUCUUCUGUGAGUGAGAAUUUUGUGCCAAGUUUGUUUGAUGUGUGCUCCUGAUUAGGUGUAAUACUUGGAAUAUUGAUAAUUGUUAACAAAAUUAAUUAACUAUAUAUGAUAUACCUUCUAAUAUAUUGAUA